UGCAUUGGAGAUUCCACGGAAUGAAAUGUGAAUUGGGUUUUCCUAUGGGCUGCCUGGUGGGCCAGAUCUUUCAAUAGAUCACUUUCUCUCUGACUUUUCUAUCCAGUUCUUAAUUAUCGCUCAAAUCAUAGAGAACUCUUUAAAACUAGAAGUUUCUCAGUGGUGAACAAUUGAGUUUUUCGGUGAUUGAAGGCUAAGAUUGCUGAAAGCAGAAUGAAGAUGAGGCUCAUCUUCCUCUUCCUGUUUGUGACAUUGUUUAUGGUGAGCAAACUAACGCUUGCACUUCCAUCUUCUGAGACUCUCAAAGCAAUACAGCAAAUCAAUGAGCAUGGCCCCUAUCUGGGUUUGGUUGUUCCCAAUGCCUACGAAAUGGAUCCUCUUCUUCAGUCUCAGCAUUUCAAGCCCUCCAAAACAUUCCCUAUUUUAGAUCUGCAAGGGAGAAGAUUUCACAUAGGUAGGAUUCAUAAGCAUGGAGUCAUCGUUGUUAUGUCAGGACUCUCAAUGCUGAAUUCAGGACUGACUACCCAAUUACUACUGAGCUUCUUCAGUGUGAAAGGAAUUAUACACUUUGGGAUUGCAGGAAAUGCAGACCCAUCUUUGUAUGUUGGAUAUGUCACCAUUCCUCAGUAUUGGGCUCAUACAGGCCUAUGGAAUUGGCAGAGAUUUGGUGAUGGACCCAAUGAUGAGCUUUCUUUAGAAGUGGAUGGGGAUUACACCAGGAAGCUUGGAUACCUCCAUUUCACCAAAUUCACUACACCAUCUGGAAACUCAGAUAACCUUCUUAAUAAUGUAUGGUAUCAACCAGAGGAAGUCUUUCCAACAACUGGAACUCCAGAGGUUCGAGAGCAUGCCUUCUGGGUGCCUGUGGAUAAGCAUUACUAUCAAAUUGCAAAGAAACUUGAGAAUUUCACACUGGAAUCCUGUCUGAAUGCAACAACUUGCCUGUCACAUACACCCAAGGUCCUGAGAGUAGAAAAAGGAUCAAGUGCAAAUGUAUUUGUGGACAAUGGAGCAUACAGGGACUUUAUUCAUACAAAAUUCAAUAUAACAGCCAUUGAUAUGGAGAGUGCAGCUGUGGCACUAGUGUGUCUUGAACAGGGAGUUCCAUUCAUAGUAAUAAGGGCACUUUCUGAUUUGGCAGGAGGGUCUUCUCAGAGCAAUGAAGCCUCUGUGUUUGGUGGCCUGGCAAGCCAAAAUGCAGCUGAUACCACAAUUCAAUUUUUGAAGUUGUUAAGCUAAUCAUUAUCUCUAUACUUUGAAAUUCAAGCUUGUUAUGGUGAGAGACGUAUUACACUCAACAUAUAGAGAUGUUUUUAUUUGUAUCAGAUGCCAUGGAUGUCUUUUCAUGGGGGCCAGAAAAUUGUUCAAACUAUUCAUAACAAGUACAGCGUACCCACUUGUCUUUUCUAAAAUAAUAAUAAAAUCACUGUUGAUAAGCAAUCUACCUACAUUAGAUGCUGUUUUGAAUAUAAGUUUUGUUUGGACCGUUCACCUUUUUCAUACUUUUCAACGUACAAGGUAGCAUAAGAGGAGGUAGUUAUAUAGAGGAGAAAAAUGCUUAUUUUGUCUUAUGUAUUUUUUUUAUAUUUGAAUAUUGUAACACUGAAAGUUGUGUAUAUCAAUGAAAUUUUUUAUUUA